ACAUCCCGGGUGUGCUUUGUGAAGUUCCAGGAGCCAGAGUCUGUUGGAGUGUCUCAACAUUUGACUAACACCGUCUUUGUGGACAGAGCGCUGAUUGUGGUCCCGUUUGCUGAAGGUUGGUGUCAUACUUACUCCCAUGUAUGAGUGGCCAUUGUUGAUUGAAUGAAGUAAUGCUUGAAUAGUGGGGUGUCGGUGAACAUCUAAAGCAGUAAAACGGAUUUUCACUAUCCCACUUGUAGAUUGACAACAGUCCACUUUGGUCAACUCAUGAUAUGUACUUAUUAAGCUAAUUUUGUGAAUGUCAUCAUUAAUGCCACUCCCUCCUGUUGUGUAUAUCCCAUGGCAGAAGUGUUGAAAACAGGCCUCUGAACUCAGAUCCUUGGUAUACUGUGACACUGCAGUCCAUAUUCUUUUUCACAAGUCGAGUUCAACACUUGUGAUGGAACGGAUUUAACUUGAUCGGUAAAGCACAUUUCUAGUGGCAUGUCUCUGCCUAAAGCAAUGGUUUUAUUUUGGGAAAAGCACAGUAUACCAAAGUCUGCUUUACGGACUAGGAUUUGUACAUUCCCAAGCUGUGGGCGCUGCAGACACUUCAAAGUUCAGAAAUAAAUUUGUGUAAACGCUUAAUCAUGCAUUUUAUUUUCUCCCCCAUAUUGGACUAUCCUCUGUUAAACUUCUCUCUGUUAUUUGUGUGUGUGUGAUUUUUGUAGUGGAGAAGGCAAAAGCAGCCCCCUCGUUGAUGGCUGAAAGUGGUCCUCUGCCUGCCAACAGGGGAUUGUAGACAUUUGCAAAGGCCAGCAAGCAUUUCAAGCCCCACCCCUCUCUUUUUGUGUCCUCUAUUCUUUCUCUGCCUUGUCUUUCUUUCUUUCUCAUUCUCUCUUUUUUAGGUAUUUUAGUGGAUGGUAUGAAAUAGAUCAGAUAUCAGAGGCAUAGCCUUUGAAUAGGGCUGUGUCUGUAUUAUUUUUGCAACACCCUUGAACGCUGCUCAUCCAUCUAUUUGAUGGAUGAAGUCAUGUUCUCUAAGAAUGCCUAAAUCGAUUGUAGAAAUAAAGAUUUGCAAGACAAUUAUUUAUUGUGGACAGGUGGCAAAAAGCAUAAUGGUAAUGCAUAACGCUGUGCAGCAUGAUUGGGUGUUGAUGAUCAGACUUGGUCUCAAUACAAGUGGUAAGAAGAGUACACACAGCACUGGCCAGCUACACUGCACACACUAACUAGCAUGAGCUCAUUUUGGGACGUGACAAGGGGAACACUGGUCGAGAAUUCAUUUGAUUCACAUUCCUGCUACUGUUACACCCAAAUUACUGUCUCAUGUUAAUUAUACUGCAUCUAGUCAACAGUUGUCUUAGAUACCCAUCGGACAUGACACAAUGUUAGUACAAUACUCUCUCUUUAACAGUGGUCUUUUUUGUUGUUGUGUUUUACAGUUCUUUUUCCUGGCUCAGCCAGUCCUGUAUACCAGGCCCUGCUGAAAAAACCACCCAACAGUUUUGUCUCCUGCAGCAAAUUCUCUCUCCAGUGUGCCCUUUUUUAAAUGUUGUCAUUGUUGUGUGUCCAUAUUUAGGAUGUGUCUUUUGUGAAAGAAUUGUUUCUUUAGGGGUGGAUUAAUUUUAAUGUCUUUUUUUUUCUUUUCCUUUUGGGGAUACUAUUGAGGUGUGAACUGUCCAAUUUGGGCCAUUUUUAUAUAAUCAAAGGCAAAUUACAAAUAAACGUAAUUAUUAUUUUUUUUUGAUUGGACAUAUUGACAAAUUAAUUGUCAGCCUCUACAUAAUUUAGGUUAAUUGCAGAGCAGUGACAGGUAAGGUUACUUGAAAAUUGAUGUACAGCAGACACACUACCUACCCUGAAUUCUGUAAUUGUUAUUUAGUGUAUAUCCUCUGACAAUUGUUUUUGGUAAGUAGAAACUGAUAGUCUGUAUAGUUUUCUUGCCAAAUCCCUGAAAUUCUCUUUGUUCUGUGUAUCUCGAUUUUUCUCUGUGUGCUUUUAGUAGCGAAGCCGCCAACGUGAGUCGCUUGUUUCAGUAAACGUCUAUAUGAAAAUUGAGGGCACACCCAACUGGAGAAGCAGCUGUGCUUGCUAACGUUUGGUUCAUGACUUAAAAAACAUGUUCAGGCUCUAUUCCAGAUGAGGCUAAAGCUUUGUCACUGCUGGCGCCAGCAAAUGCUGUUGCAGGAAUUCUGCCCGGAGGAGGACUUCUUCCAACACCCAAUCCGAUGCCCAAUCCACCAAUGGGAGGAAACCCUUUUGGUGGUCCCAACAUGGAUGCAAUGGCCGCCUUUGGAUUCCCAGGACCCAAUAUGAAUCCCCAGGCUGCGGAUCAGCUAUUGAAGUUCAUGACAGAUCCAAAACUGAACCCCAUGGCUGCAAGCAUGGCUAUGAAUCCGGGCCUGAAGGCUGACUCAUCUAAUAAAGAGAUUGAAGAGGCCAUGAAGAGAGUCAGAGAGGCCCAGUCGCUGAUCUCUGCUGCCAUUGAGCCUGGAAAUAAGGAAAGCAAAAAGAAGCACUCUCGAUCCCGGUCCAGGUCCAGGAGGAGGAGGUCCAGAUCACGUUCAAGACACAGGAGAUCCAGGAGCAGAUCGAGGCGCCGAUCGAGCUCCAGAAGCAGGAGGCGCUCCAAGAGUCCACGCAGGAGAAGGUCCCAUUCCAGAGACCGAAGGCGAUCUCGGAGCAAAUCCAGAGAUAGGAAAAAAGAUGAUUCAGGGCGAAGAAGAUCCAAAACGCCACCGAAAAGCUACAGCACAACCAGGAGGUCUCGCAGUGUUAGUCGGAGACGCAGGAGAAGUCGCAGUGGCAGCCGAUCUCCCAGAAAGUCCCCAAAAAGGAGAGGCUCCAGGUCUCCAUCUCCUCGAAGACACAAGAAGGAGAAGAAAAGGGACAAGGACAGGGAAAGGGACCGCAGGAGUGAGAAAGACCGCAGUCGCGAGGAACGGGAGCGCUCCACCAGCAAGAAGAAGAGAAGUAAAGACAAGGAGAGAGAGCGGGAGAGGAAAUCUGACGGAGAUAAAGGAGAUGUGAAGAUCACCAGGGAUUAUGACGAAGAGGAGCAAGGCUAUGACAGCGAGAAGGAGAGAGAAGACAGGAAGGAUUCUGACGACUCCGCCAUGUCGCCGCACUCAGUUGAAGGUAACGGUACAGCACGACCAAUUAAACAGGCUAAGGUUAACGGUGCUGACGAUCACCAUGAAGAAGAUAUGGAUGUCAGCGACUGA